AUGGCGACAGGUAGUGACCUGAUCAUGAUGGACCCCACCAACACUGAGAAAAUACCAUACAAUACGUGUACAACGUGGGAAAUUACCGGAAACCUGAGUUUUAACUCUUGGAGUGGAUCAGCAAUUAUAAACUGCUCUGGGAAUGGGUUAAAUUUUGAAGGCAAUUCUACAACGCUUGAGUUUCAAGGGUUGACGCUUCUUGACACCUUUUUGAGAGUCUAUGAUGCUUCAUUAACCAUUAACAAGUGUUCUUUUGGUUCCUUCAUACAAAAUGCGGCAUUUCUAUACCCAAUCCAUGUCUCGGUUAAUAACCCACUAGAAAACGUCAGAAUUUACAUCGCCAAUACAAAUUUCUUUGAUAAUAACACGGUUGGUGCUUUAAACGUCGUUAACCAUCAAAGCGCCAAAGUUUUUGUCGAAGUUCGGAACAUAACAGUCGCGAAUAGUUAUUUGGAAAAGGCAAAUUAUAUUAUCUUCUUUCAAGGAUAUGUUGACUUUAGUUUUAUGAAUUCUGAAAUUUCGAAUACGAAGUUCUCUGAAAAUAUAUCUAAUCCAUCGUUGAUUUACUUUUAUGGAUGCCCCGUCGCCAACAAACGUGAAGAUGGCACAAGUAACAGCAGAUUAAGUAGAAAGCUCUCACAACAUGGAAGACUUGGUGAUAAAGGACAGGGGUCAUCAGUAUUCGAGGAGGAUCCAACCACCAUAUCAUUUUCCAUCAAAGGACUGAACUUUUCCUGUAAUCACGCCGGAAUCGUUGAAACAUUAUUCUGCACCAGAGGCAAUGUAAGUAUUACUAAUACUACAGCAUUACAUAAUACGAACAGAUGGACUCUAGGUGGCUGUGUUGUGAUAGAUACAAGGUACAACAUAGGAAGACUCGAUGUUCUUUUGGAAAAUAGUUCGUUUGUCUCCAACACAAACGAAGGCACAGGACCUAUGGUAUCUGUCGUAUCUCUAAAUAUAACCUUUUUGUUACAAAUUGCACGUUCUCUCACAACCAGGGUGGGGCAAUCUAUGUCUCAACAUCGCGAGGUAGUAAGGUAA